CGCCGCGCCAUGGCCCGCGCCGCCCCGCCGCGGCCCGCCACCCCGGAGCUCCGCGCGGCCGGCCGCUGAGCGCCGCCCGGAGGCGGAGGCCCGGCCCGGCCUCGGAGCGAGCGCCCGCCGCGCCCGGCUCCCUUGGCUGCCGGCGCCCUGCUCCCCUGCCCGCGCCCGCCGUCGCCGCUGCCGCCCGGCCCGGCCCGAGCAUGGAGACGGCGGAGAAGGAGUGCGGCGCCCUGGGCGGGCUCUUUCAGGCCAUCGUCAACGACAUGAAGAGCUCCUAUCCCAUCUGGGAAGAUUUCAACUCCAAGGCCACCAAGCUGCAUUCCCAGCUGAGGACCACUGUGCUGGCUGCUGUGGCCUUCUUGGAUGCCUUUCAGAAAGUGGCCGACAUGGCCACCAACACCCGAGGGGCCACACGGGACAUUGGCUCAGCGCUCACGCGCAUGUGCAUGCGCCACCGCAGCAUCGAGACCAAGCUGCGGCAAUUCACCAACGCGCUGCUGGAGAGCCUCAUCAACCCGCUGCAGGAGCGCAUCGAGGACUGGAAGAAGUCAGCCAACCAGCUGGACAAGGACCACGCGAAAGAAUACAAACGAGCCCGGCACGAGAUCAAGAAAAAGUCUUCAGACACGCUGAAGCUGCAGAAGAAAGCGCGCAAAGGGAAAGGAGAUCUGCAGCCCCAGCUGGACAGUGCCCUGCAGGACGUCAACGACAUGUACCUGCUGCUGGAGGAGACAGAGAAGCAGGCGGUGCGCCGGGCCCUGAUCGAGGAGCGCGGCCGUUUCUGUACCUUCAUCACUUUCCUGCAGCCUGUGGUGAAUGGCGAGCUGACCAUGCUGGGAGAGAUCACCCACCUGCAGGGCAUCAUCGACGACCUGGUGGUGCUGACUGCGGAGCCCCACAAGCUGCCGCCCGCCAGUGAGCAGGUGAUCAAAGACCUGAAGGGCUCUGACUAUAGCUGGUCGUACCAGACCCCCCCAUCAUCGCCCAGCGGCUCCGGCUCUCGCAAGUCCAGCAUGUGCAGUGCCCCCAGCAGCAGUAGCAGUGCCAAGGGUGGCGGAGCCCCAUGGCCUGGGGGUGCCCAAACAUACUCACCCAGUUCCACCUGUCGCUACCGCAGCCUGGCACAGCCAGCCACCACCACCGCCCGACUCUCCAGCGUCUCCUCCCACGACUCUGGCUUCGUCUCCCAGGAUGCCACCUACUCCAAGCCCCCCUCACCCAUGCCUUCAGACAUCACCAGCCAGAAGUCCUCCAGCUCUGCGUCCUCGGAGGCCUCGGAAACCUGCCAGUCUGUUAGCGAGUGCAGCUCCCCCACCUCGGACUGGGCCAAAGCAGGUCCCCAUGAGCAGCCCUCAGGCACCAGCCUGCAGAGGAGGAAGGACCGACUGGAACACCCCCGGGACACAGAGCCAGGCCUGGCCAGCGGGGGCACCCUAGGCCCCAGCGGAGAGGAGGCACCAAGACCACGCAUGUCCCCUGCCACCAUCGCAGCCAAGCACGGUGAGGAGGUGUCCCCGGCGGCCAGUGACCUGGCCAUGGUGCUGACCCGCGGCCUGAGCCUGGAGCACCAGAAGAGCAGCCGGGACUCUCUGCAGUACUCCAGUGGCUACAGCACGCAGACCACCACGCCAUCCUGCUCCGAGGACACCAUCCCCUCCCAAGGCUCUGACUACGACUGCUACUCGGUGAAUGGGGACGCAGAUGGCGAGGGCCCGGCCGAGUUCGACAAGUCCUCCACCAUCCCCCGCAACAGCAACAUCGCCCAGAAUUACCGCCGCCUGAUCCAGACCAAGCGCCCGGCCUCCACCGCGGGGCUGCCCAGCGCCUCGGGCGCUCCCCCCGGCGUGGCCACCAUCCGCCGCACGCCCUCGACCAAGCCCGCCGUGCGCCGCGCGCUCUCCAGCGCUGGCCCCAUCCCCAUCCGGCCGCCCAUCGUCCCCGUGAAGACGCCCACAGUGCCCGACUCCCCUGGCUACGCAGGGCCCACACGGGCGGGCAGCGAGGAGUGCGUCUUCUACAGCGAUGAAGCUGCCUCGCCCCUGGCACCAGACCUGGCCAAGGCCUCACCGAAGAGGCUGAGCCUGCCCAACACGGCCUGGGCCAGCCCUGCCCCAGAGGCAGCCAGCUACCCCGGGCUGGCGGACGACGACGAGCAGCAGCAGCUGGCCGCCAACCGGCACAGCCUGGUGGAGAAGCUCGGGGAGCUGGUGGCGGGCGCCCACGCGCUGGGCGAGGGCCAGUUCCCCUUCCCUACAGCCCUGACCGCCACCCCCGCAGAGGAGACGCCCAGUCCGCCCCCGGCAGCCUCCGGCGACCCCCCGGCCGAAGACAUGCUGGUGGCCAUCCGGCGCGGGGUUCGUCUCCGCAGGACCGUCACCAACGACAGGUCGGCACCCCGCAUCUUGUGAUGGCACUGCCCUCCCGCCCUCUGGCCCCGCGAGAGGCAGGUGGCCUGGCUGGUGAACAGUGGCCACUCAGAGCGAAGGCAACAACAAGGGAAGAGCAGAGCCAGGCAAGCUUUUGGUUUUUCGUUUAAGUCACGCGAGGAAAAGCCACUUGAUGGAAAGAGACACUCACCUUGGAUUUCCACAUUUAAACAGGAAGUGACUUCUUUAACAGAGCUCGCCAGCUCCGAGCCUGCAGGCCUUGAACUGGAUGUGGAGCCUGUUUUAUACGUUUCUCACCUGCUCUGCCCCUCCUCUUCCUCUUCCACAGGCCCUGCCUUUUCCACAUCUGGCCUGGGCCCAAAGUGCCACAGCUUAGCUGACCUGACCCCACUUCUCCCCUCAGUUGGCGGUGCCUGGGGCUUCUCCUGAAUGCUGGCCCCCACAGCCCUCCACCAGGCCCCUCUCCUUCCUUCUCUGCACCUGUCCCAAGCUCCUCUCAAUCAGGGAGGUGGGCUGUCUUUGGAGGGGCCAGGCACCCAAUCGGCUAAGGUGUCAGAUUUGACUGAAAAGCUCCACAGAGUGGCAGUUGGGGGGCAGACUGAAGUUGGGAGGCCCAGCCUGCUGUGGAGGAAGGAGGCCCAAGGGCCACAGGCCCCAAGUUGAGUCUUGGGAACCCACACAGAAGAGGCUGUGGACCCCGAGGUAGAUCCCAUCCUGGCUUGCCCUCCUCUGGGAGGUACAGCCAGGGUUGAGGGGCAGGGCAGCAGGGAAGAAGUCCAGAGGCCUGAGGGUCAGAUGUAUGGUCCUCAUCUGGGCAUGUGGAGACUUUAACUCUGGUGGCACUUUGGUCAUGGCUUUGGCCACCUGUGGGGGUAGGGGCUGGAACUGCACAGGGUGUGGGGGGUUAUUUUAUGAAUAUAAUAAAAUAGAGCUGACUGGACAAGGACUGUGUGUGGGGACAGGGUGGACGGUACAGGGUGUCCGAGAGUGCCUGAGGGACAGGGGUCCUCGCAGUGGCCUGGAGGGCCCACGGCAGGAGAAGGAGGGCCUAAUUGGCUUCCCCAAAGCCAGGGGGCAGCUGUUUUUUUCUCUCCAGAUUCUGGAGCAAAGCCAAAAUAAGGUUGGAGAGGGCCAGGGUGGGGCCUCUAGUACGUCUGCUUAGAUGGGAGCAGGGGCGGUCCAGGGAGAUUGGCUUUGACUCUCUGUUGCCAGAGGAGAUGCCAUCCCGGUGCAGUACCCCCCACCCUGGAGUCCAGUCCGCGCUAGGUGCGGGGUGGGGGUGCCCUCCCCUCCACGUACCGAGGCAUGCCAGCUCUAAGCAGGUAGAAGCAGGUGCGUCUGGGGCGAGCAGAGGGCUUCCUGUUGUCCCGCAGGCCAGCAGAGAGAGCAGCCAAGCUCACAGGGCAGCGGGACCACAAGGCAGGGGCCUCCCAGGGUCAGGAGAGCAGGCUUUUCCUGGUCGGGGUGGGAUGGGGUUGGGUCUGAGUCUCAGCGCCAGGCUGGAGCUCCUGGCAGUUCUGCAGGGAACUGGGGUCCAAGCAAGGCAGCCAGGCAGCUCUGAGGAACCAAGGAUGCCCCCCAGUGGAUGGAGCCCCCCAGGCUCCCCAAGGGGAGACGGAGAAUGGUAUCUGUAAGUCGCUAGGUCUGAGAACAGCCUUGCUGAAUGCUCAGGCCAACCCGAGAGCCCAAGUGUGGGCACCUGGAGAGAGUCCAGGUAAGGGAGGGCCCGAAGAGGCCGGGAGAGCAGGUGGCCAGUUUGGGGAAGCCCCAGGGAGGGGUGUACCCAAGUGGGCUGAGGGAGUGAGAUGCAGGAUGUGUGAUGUGAGCAGGGUAAGGAGUGGUGGGGUGGGGGGUGGCUUGGGAGGCCCAAGGAGGGGGUGGGCAUAGCACAGCCACCCUCCCAGACUCGUGCCCCCUCUCCUCCAAGCCACCCCAGGGCUGUACAUAACUCCCCCAUCCCCCUGACCACCUCUCUCCCAUUUAGUGACCACCUCUUAGGCCCACCCCCUUGGGAUCCGAGCCAGCCAUCCCACAUCACAAACUUCGGUUUGGGGGACUUCUUUACGUUCAUUUUUUUUUCAUUUUGUACAGAGAAAUAUUCUUUUCAAAAGCGUCUUUUGACUGAAGUAACUUUUCUGGUGCUGUUGUUAACUUGUUCCUUUUUUUAAUUUAUUUCCCCACCCAAGUCUCCCCUCCUGGUUCCUACUCACCCUUUCUUCCCUCCACCUCUCCCCACCCCACCCCCAUCCCAUCUGAACCAUUUUGUUUCUUUUCUUUCUGUCCGUUUCUGGAUAAAUUAUCCUCUCCUCCCUGCCCCCUCCCCCCCCCCCCUCGAUUUAAAUAGUCACUGCUACAAGUAACAAAUGCACUGUGAAGAUUCCAGUAUUAAUAAAGUUGUACUGUAAUUAACA